CCUAACGCUCUACCUGUAAGUUCCGAGCCGUCGCUAGUCAUUCCUACGGAAGCUAGCAGCCGGAAUUCUCUUCCUUAGCAGCCGGAACUCCUUUCUAGCCGUCGUACCUCUCUCUCUGCAGGGCCUAGCCUCCAAAACUCAUUCCUGUGGUUUUAACACGGCGAGGGCAGCCAGGCGGCCUCGAGGGCAUUUGUGGUAGACUGGUGAGGUACAUUCUCUUCGUACUUGGAGAAUCGCUCAGUUUUUUCUCCAGGAUCUUUCCUCUUCCCUUCGUAGUAGCUAUCUGUUCACUAUUCAGAUGAUGAGCACAGAAGAUAAUGAGGCGGCCAUCAAUUACAUGGCUGAAAAGAGGUAUGAUCUGCGGAAGGUUUUCGAUGCCCUCCAAUCUUUUUCUUCCUCCUUCGUCUCCUUCACACUCUAGUGGAAGGACUUCGAGGACCACUUCUCCAUUGACAAGUCGAUUGAGGAGCGGUUCCGUGAACUCAACGAAUUGGAUAGCUCUUCAUUGGUGAAGAAUGCGACUGAUACUCUACCGGAUUCUGGGGUUGAGAUGAACGGUAGUUGUGCCUCGUUUGGAGCUUAAGACCCUCUGCCUCAAAAUGGACGGCAAGGGUCUGAGAUCGUUCAUCAUUAAUAUCAGGAAGGGCAUUGGGGCGAUCCAUGUGCAGGAGAUUGCUGCUUUUGGUAUGCUGAACACGAUAGCCACGGGUUUGGCUAUAGAUGCCAAUGGUCCCAUCCGCGACAAUGCUGGAGGCAUCGCCCAAAUGGCUGUUAUGAGCCACACUAUUCAGGGAAUUUUUAUUCGGUACGUGCACCGCAUGAAGCCUUACAUGCGGUAAAUAAGCUUUUUCAUGUAUUCCGACCCGACGUAUCCCGCCCAAAACAAAAAAAAACGUUUUUUUGUCAUUUUCGAUUCCCGCCAACAGAAGAAAGUGACAUUUUGUCUGCUUUAGGGUAUUGGUAUCUGGUAUAUUCUCAUUUUUUCGCUCAUGUUCGCUGGAGCUGGUUCGAUGGAAAAAAUUUUCGACGAAGAAAUGUUGGUGGAAUCUCAAAAUACUCCUGAGAAUCAUAACAAUGAGAUGAAAUCUCAGAAUAUUUCCGAGGAUAAUGAGGUGGAGCAGAGUUUAGAUGCGGCAGAAGGGUAUCGACAGGUAGAUUUUUUUAACGAAGGAUGUUUGAAUACAGUUCUAGGUUUUAAGGAGUUAUUUUAUUGCUAAUGAAGUUUGCUCUAUUUUUGGAUGAGUUUUAACGCUAAGUUUCGGUUGGGUGGGAUGUGGUGUUAUUUAGGAAAUAUUAGUUGGGGUUUGAUGUUAUUUUGAUAGUAUCUGGCAUCAUAAUGUAAAGAAUCUGGAGGAUUUGGUGUUAUUUUGGUAGUAUCACAGUGUUAUUUUGGUAGUAUCAUAAUGUAAAGCUAAUGUCUUGAGGAUUUGGUGUUAUUUUGGUCGUACCACAGCGUUAUUUUGGU